AUGGCCGACAAAGUCCGCGAAUCACUUGGGGCAAUGAGCACUCUCUUGUCCGCAAUGAAGGCUCCCCUACCGACUGGCACAGGUGACGGUUCGGCAUUACCAGUGGAGAGAGACGAAACAAUUGCUUCGACCCUUUCUACCGUCAUCAAGGAUGUUUCCCACCUCGAAUUUGACUCUGUUGAGAAGGUCGCAAAGAUGACUAUCAUGACCAAGAGCGGGGCCUACGUUGACGACAAAGAAUAUCUCAUGGAGCAUUUGAUCAGUGCUGCUCAGAAACUCCCUAACGAUGUGGUCGGCCAAAAGCUCACCAAUGGCCUUAUCACCACUCUCUGGAAUGAUCUCGAUCACCCCCCAAAAGCGUUUAUGAGCGACAAAUACCAGUAUCGUAGUGCAGACGGAUCCGACAACAGCUAUCUUCAUCCUCGUCUGGGAGCAGCUCAUGAAGCCUACGCCCGUACUGUGAAGCCAUCGACCAUCCAGCCAGGCAACCUACCCGAUCCAGCUGUCUUGUUCGACGUCCUGAUGGCCAGAGACAAGCCUACCGAGCACCCCAACAAGAUCUCCAGUAUGCUGUUCUAUAUGGCGUCGAUCAUUAUUCACGAUCUGUUCAAAACAAAUCACAGAGAUUUCCGAAUCUCAGACACUUCAUCAUACCUAGACCUGUCUCCACUUUAUGGCAGCGAUCAGAGUGAACAAGACACAGUCAGGACCUUCAAGGACGGAAAACUCAAGCUUGACUCAUUCGCGGAAACUCGGCUUCUGUCCUUCCCUCCAGGUGUUGGCGUGAUCAUGAUCAUGUUCAACCGUUUCCACAACUACAUUGUCGAGCAACUUGCCCUCAUCAACGAGAACAGCAGAUUUACCCGUCCUACCGAGGAUGCAUCAAAAGACAAAUGGGUCAAGUAUGACAACGAUCUAUUCCAGACUGGCAGAUUGAUCACUUGUGGUCUGUACAUCAACAUCAUUCUGGUCGACUACGUGAGAACGAUCUUGAACCUCAACAAAACAGACUCUGACUGGUCUCUCAAUCCACGCGCCGAAUUCCCUGGUCAGCCUGACCUGGGAUGCGGCAAUCAGGUCAGCGCCGAAUUCAAUCUGGUCUAUCGCUGGCACUCGGCAGUCUCGGACAAGGACGAUAAAUGGACUCAAGACCUGUUCGCCAAACUCUUCCCCGGAAGAAAGCCAGACGAGGUUCCUCAGCUUGAAUUCCUGAAGACUCUGGGUCACAUGGAAGUUGACCUCAAAGCUCAAGAUCCUGUAGCCCGCAAUUUCCAUGACAUCAAGAGAAACGCCGAUGGAACCCUGCCAGACGAUGAGCUUGCUAAAAUUUUGGUCGAGAGUGUCGAAGACUGUGCCAAUGCUUUUGGUCCUCGUCAAGUACCUCUCGUCAUGAAGCAAAUCGAAGUCUUGGGCAUCAGACAAGCAAGAGCUUGGAACCUUGCUACACUCAACGAGUUCAGGAAACAUUUCUCUUUGAAGCCUUACUCAACAUUCGAAGAGAUUACUGCUGACAAGGAGAUUUCCGAGUCUCUGAAACAUUUGUACGAUCACCCGGAUAAUGUAGAGCUGUAUCCUGGUCUGGUAGUUGAAGAUGCAAAGUUCUCGAUGCGUCCAGGAUCGGGACUCUGCCCUUCAUACACAACCUCUCGCGCCAUCCUCUCAGACGCCACAGUCUUAGUACGUGGUGAUAGGUUCUACACAACCUCUCAUCAUCCUGCAGCACUCACUAACUGGGGUUUCGCGGAGCAAGGCUCAGAUCUCAAGAUCAACCACGGCUGCGUCAUGUACAAGCUCUUCAUGAAGGCUUUCCCCAAUCAUUUCCGCCCCGACUCAGUCUGGGUUCACUUCCCUUUCACUGUGCCUUCUGAGAUGAAGAAGGUCUUGACCGGUUUGGGCAAAGCUCACAAGUACAACUUUGACAGACCGACUCGCCUUCCACCAACGAAGAUGUUGUUCUCUUACGAUGCUGCCAAGAAGGUACUCUUUGACCAAGAUGCAUUCAAAGUGUACUGGGGUCCUAAGAUCGAGUUCCUUAUGGGUCCUACAGCUAAGAACUUCAUGCUCGCGGGUGAUACGAAAGCCAACACAGCUUCUCGCGAUAUGAUAGAACAGGCUCUGUAUCUCGGCAAAUUCGCCCGCGCGGCACCGACAGGAAACGAAAAGUGGCUCUUGGAAGUUCGCAAGUUCUAUCAAGAGCACACCUCGAUGCUGUUACAAAAGCAUUCGUACAAGCUUGCAGGCACAAACUAUGUGGAUCUCAUCCGUGACGUGUCCAACAUCGUACAUGUGCACUUCUGCUCGGAAAUUUUCAAUCUUCCACUAAAGACGGAAGACAACCCAGAUGGUGCCUUCACCGAAAAGCAGAUGUAUCUUGUAAUGGCAGCUGUCUUUGCAUGCGUCUUCUUCGACGUCGAUCCUGAACACUCAUUCGCUCUCCGACAAGGUGCUUACGACGCGAUCCAGGCCGUCGGCAAACUCAUGGAGAUGCAGGUACAGGCUUUGUCGAAGUUGCCACAUAUGUCUGAGGCCGUUGAUCGCAUUGGUGAAUGGUGGUCAGGCAAGGACCGUUCAGUGCUCACACAGUACGGCAAGCACAUGGUUGAACGCCUGUUGCAGACUUCGGGCAUGGAUGUUCAAGAGCUCGUAUGGGCACAGAUCAUCCCCACCGCGGGCAGCAUGUGCGCCAACCAAGGUCAAUUCUUUGGCCAGGUCAUUGAUUGGCUCUUCAGCGAGGGUCGCGAGUACCUUCCCAUUCUGCACGAGAUAGCUGUUCAGGACACUCCCGAGGCUGAGGAGAAGAUGAUGCGCUACUUCCUCGAGUUCUCGCGUCUCCACAGCGAAACUGGUGUCUACCGCACCGUCGCCAAAGAAACAAUCGUCGAAGACAUGGACCGCAGAGUCAAGCUCAACGUCGGCGACACAGUCGCAGUCAACUUCCGCUCUGCCUCUCGCGACCCCAACAUCUUCCCCGACCCAGAAAAAAUCAGACUAGACCGUCCCAUCGAAUCAUACAUCCACCUAGGCCAAGGACCCCACCAAUGCCUCGGCCAACCCAUGACGCUGGUCGCCAUGGGCGCCAUCCUCAAAACCCUCUGCAAGCUGCCCAAUCUCCGUCCUGCACCUGUCUGGCCAGGUCCCGUCGACAGCGUCAAAAAGGUCGUCAAAGACUUCUCCACUCUCGCCCCUGACGUCGACUUCAAGCCCGAGUGGACGUAUCACUGUUAUCUUCUCGAGGGCUGGGACCAGUAUUUCCCUUUCCCGGCUAGCUUGAAAAUUUGCUAUGAUGGGCCUGCUGCUUAG